UGUUCCUAAUGACUUCAUAUAUUUAAGUGAAAAAAUCAAGAUAAAUAACAAGUGUUGUAUUCUGAAAAAAUAUACAAAAUUGUCAUGGGGUUGUUUCUAGCACACUUAGUGCAGGGUUUUGCUCUCACAUUUCUUGGCCUAUGGCACAUCAUCAACACUAUAAAAUCUUACAUUGUGAAGGGUCCUUCCAAUUUCACUGUAAGAUUCUGGUACCAACUUAAUACAUCUCAAUUCAAACUCAAACACUUGGAACUUGUUUCAAUUUUAUCAUUUUCCAUCCUAGCAAUUCUUAUACAAAUUCUAGAUUUCCCUUAUUUCCACUAUGCUUUUAAGCUUGAUAACUUUGAGCAUGCAACUAUGUUCAUACACCUUGCUUUGUUUGCUGGUUUUUCACUCUCUACUGAGUUGACUGAUUCACUUGAACUCUUCUCUGGAUUUGUUGGUAUACUUGCAUCCUCAGUUUUCAGUCAAGAGCUUUUCUUACUCCAUUUUCAUUCCACUGACCAUGUUGGACUUGAAGGCCAUUACCACUGGCUGCUACAGCUCAUAGUUUUUGUCUCACUUGCAUCAGCUCUGGCUGCAACCAUUUUUCCCAACAGUUUCAACGCAGCCAUCGUGCUUUCCGUUUCGAUUAUCUUCCAAGGAUGUUGGUUUAUAAACAUGGGGUUUAUGUUGUGGAUUCCUGCAUUUGUUCCUGAAGGAUGUGUGAUGAAUUUGGGUAGGGAGAGUGGUAGUGAAAUUCACGGAGCAGUCACUUGUGGAUCGAAAGAGGCAGAUUUUCGGGCUAAAGGGUUAGCCAAUUUACAGUUCAGUUGGAUACUUUCUGCUAUAAUGAUAUUUGCAGGAGUUGUAUGCUUGAAAUUGGCCAAAAAAUGUACCAUUGUUGACAGGUUGGAAUAUGAGAGAAUUCAAAGUAAAGUUAUGGAUUCCACUGUGGUCAAUGAAGGUUUCAAGCAAGCCAAAUAAUAUACCAUGGUUUGUACUUUUUUAAGAUCUUGAGGAUAUGCAAAAGGCAUGGGAUUAUGUGACUCAAUAAUCUGUAUUAUAGUGUGUUUUAUGCUAUUUGCUUGAAUUUUAUAAGUUUUCAAGAAAUCAUCAACUAAACUAUUAGCUAUACAAUGUUGGAAUAGUUUAGAACUAUAUGGUGUCUAUUUAAGUCUACUAUGGUGGACUCAGUAAAUGUAAGAAUCAUCCUCUGGAUCUUAAUUUAUCAUAAUGAGAUACCAAAUUGAAAACCACACCUAUGAUGAUGCUAAAA